AUGGGAUCUAAAUUGAGUAUAGACAAGCAUGUUUCAAAUUUGGAGGACAUUUUAGAACUCAAUACGAAAUUAUUGGAGAAGAUUAAAUUCGAUAGUAACAUUCCUGAAAGUAUAACCUAACACUUAAAAGUAUAUAAAUUUCAAAAAUAUCAGAUUUGGAAAUUUUAAGAGGACAAGCACCCUAUAAAGAAAGUUAAAUCUGAACCAAUCAAUUUAAGCACCAUCUAAACUAGCGGUUUUAAUUUCCUAUCAACUGAAUGCUAUCUCGUAUUGUUGGUAUACAAAAAGGCCUAAGAAGGUAUAACAUUCCUUAAUUAACAUAGAGUACAAUCAAUUCACUAACUUCCCCCAUCAAAUGUGGGGCGUCGUUGAAUCUUACUCCAACCUAACUCCCAGAGGAUUAGAGGAACCAGUAGCAGCAUCAGAAAGCCAUCUAGAAUCCUUUUUGCUCCCUCAAAGAUAAUAAAAUCCCUCAACGUCAAAUAUUUACGAGUAUAUGAUUUUUGUAUGGAAUGGCAAAACAGCCAAUCCCUUAAUUAAAGCAUCAGCCUUGUCCAAUGCUUUUGAAUUAGAAAACUUGUUAAAUAGAGGAAGAGAUCCCUUACUUGAAAUACUCUUUAGUGGUGGCAUAAUUAAAAAUAAAAAGUUGUCGAAAGGAUCAAUUUUGACAUUGCAAAGCAGUGCCUAAACAUCAUCUACUACCAAUAUCGAAACUGAAAAUUAAGUAAGAGAAACUGUGUAUUUGUUUAAUUUUCUGUUUCCAGUCCCUGAAAAGAGGAAGGAGUUCUCUAAAUUGGCAGAUUUUCUAGCUAAAAAAUAAAAUACAUAGGCAUACGCAUCAUAAUUUAUUCACGUUGAUUUAAAUGAUGAACAAAUUUAAAAUUCUAACAACAACAAAGUAAUUCAAAAACCUAAAUUGAAUCUAAGAGAAUCAUUGACUAGUAGAGAUGCCUAACCAAGAGAUGCUUUCAAUGAAUUAGCCUUUCCUAGAAGAAAUUCAAAUGAAAUUAACAAUAAAAUACAUGAGAUCUCCAAUGAAGGAUCUCCAUCUAUCUCAAAGGAAAGUUCAAAACCAAUUUCCAGCCGUUCGAGAGAAAAUAAUAGAUAUGAAGAUACUAGUCCAUAACAAUAACCAAUAACAAACAAUAAUACAUUUUAAUUUAAUUUACCUGCAUAAAUAAAAAGCAAAGUUCCUGCAAUAAACAUUCCUAAACUAGAUUUAAAUUGCAAGACUCAUUCUCAAGAAGUCAGCAUUGGAGUUCCAUUAGUAGAGGGAGUUGAGUGCAAUGAAAAUGAAAAAAUAAAACCAAUGAAAUUACCACUCGCAAGUCUGAAAUUAUAACGAGAUGAUACUACAUAUUAGGAUAUUGAAGAAGAGGAUUCAAAUGGAUUCAAUUUUGAUAUUAGAGAUACAGAUAGGAAAAAAUUAAAAAUUUAGCAUUUUGCAGAACAAUGCUCAUCUGUUAUUCCUAAUUUCCUUUAUGUUGGAGGUGAAUAAAUAGCUUACAAUAAGGAGGUUUUGAAAUAAAUUGGAGUUACCCAUGUAGUCAAUUGUGCUGGAGAUGUGUGUAAAAAUAAGUACCCCGAUGAUUUCUUUUAUUAAACUUAUUAUCUGAAGGAUUCAAAAACAGAAAAUAUAGAAUGCAUAUUUUAUGAAGUUAUUGCCAUCAUUGAAAAUGCGAAGAAGAAUAAUGGAAAAGUGUUGAUUCAUUGUGUUUAAGGAGUAUCAAGAUCUGUGUCUCUGUGUAUAGCUUAUUUAAUAAUUUCCUAAUAAAUUACUUAUUCCCAAGCAUUCGAUAUUAUUAAGAAAAAUAGAGGAGUAGCAUCACCUAAUAUGGGAUUUACAGUUUAAUUGUUGCUAUUUCAAAAGAGACUACAAGCCUCAUAUGAUAGUAUCCCUAUUGCUCCAAGAGUAUUUGCAGUUGGCAGAGGAGUGAGUGGACCCCAAAGUAUUGCAUGCAGAAUGCUUAUGGAUUAAUUGUAUUCUGGCAAGGUGUUGAGAACAUUUGAUAGUCGAGGAGUCUUUUUAGUGCUUUCAGAACAUGAUUUGUAUUUAUGGAUUGGACCUGAAUGUAAUAAAACAGAAAAGUAUUUCAUUAUUUUUGAUUAGAUUCAUCCAAUAUGCUCUUGAUUAUACUAAAUUUUUGAAGCAAUUUGAAAAGGCCCCUAAUAUACAACCCAUAUUGAUGGAGGCUGAAAAUGAAUCUGAAAUGUUUUGGGGUUUAUGGGGAAUUGUGGGUAAACCUGGGGUGAUUUGCUAAAAAAUAAGGGAAUGGGAUCCAUGGUAUGAAGAAGUUGAUGAGAAUGAAUUUAAUAAAGAAAAAGAAUCCAAUAUUUAAUUAUACAGUUCAGACAGGGUUGAGGAAGUUCAUGUUGAAAAGAAGGCAUUUUACAUUUAUCCAAAUUCAGAUGAUUAUCUAUUGAUGUUCGAUUUAGAAGAUCUGGAUUAAUCUCAGUUAUGCAUCUUAAUAAAAGAAAUUAAUAAAUAAGUCUUACAGGUCUAUGUGUGGAGAGGAUAAGAGUGGGCAGGAAAUGAUGAUGUAAUAUUAAUUCAUUAUGUUAGGAUGAGUAAUAUUUUGUACAUGAAAUCAUAAGCAAACACUAUCAAUUUAUAAGCGAAAGAAAUAUUUAUGUAUUCUAAGAGGUAACUAUAAUGAUUAUCAUAAACAUUAGGAACCUAAUGAAGAAAGUGAUGUAUUUCUUGACUGCUUUUCAUGACUUUAAUUCAAUAAUACGC